GCCGCGUUUCGUUAGGAUGCGUUCAGGCGCGCGUCGUCCUCCCGUCGACGCGGCGCGGUCCUCGCUGUGUGCGCGCCUCCUGGUUGUCCUCUCCUGCGUUCAGGCUGCUGCGCCUGAACGCAAUGUUUACAGCGGGCUCAGUGAGCGGAGCAUCCUUGAGCACGUCCGGGGUUACGAGCUGACCUCCCCCCGGUGGUUGCAUCCACGCAGACACCGGCGGGCUGCCGGCAGAGAGCAUCCAACAGAGGCACAGGUCCUGAUCUCGGCCGAGGGUCAGGAGCUCCGGCUGCACCUGGAGAAAAACAAGCAGCUGUUGGCCCCUGGAUAUCAAGAAAUAUGGUACACGGCCGACGGAGCCCGCAAGUCCUCCUCACCGGCCGACACUCGAAACUGUUUCUACCAUGGAGAGGUUCUGGGUGUGGAAGGCUCCAGUGUUGCUCUUAGUACUUGCUCAGGUCUCAGGGGCCUGAUUUCUCUGAACACAAGCCUUUCCUACCUGAUCGAGCCCCUCCCUGUUGCCACGGACGCGCAGCAGCACGCCGUGUUCAGAGCCGAGAGCCUCAAACUGCCCGGAGGUAGCUGCCUGCAUCGCCACGGCAACGGGGACGAGAAGGAGGGCCUUAAAGACUUCAUCCAUGGAAUCUCUGUGCCACCGCGCAGAGAGAGGGGAAAGCGAGACCUGAGCCAGAAUAUGAAGUAUGUCGAGCUGCUGAUGGUGGCCGAUAAGACUGAGUAUGAAAACCAUGGCCGUAGUCUUGAGACGACCAAACAGAAACUACUGGAAGCUGCUAACCUGGUUGACAAGUACUACAAGGCUUUGAACAUCCGCGUGGCGCUGAUCGGCCUGGAGGUGUGGACCAACCAGGACAUGAUCAACGUGUCGGAUAACCCGCACAGCACUCUGGCAUCAUUCCUGUCCUGGAGAAGCAAGCAGCUCCGCACACUUCCCAACGACAACGCCCAGCUCAUCACGGGGAAGUCAUUCCAGGGCACCACCAUCGGGCUGGCACCUCUCAAAGCCAUGUGCUCCGAAUACCAGUCAGGCGGAGUGAACGCGGACCACUCAGACAUCACGGUCGGUGUGGCUGCCACCAUGGCGCACGAGAUGGGCCACAACUUUGGCAUGAACCAUGACAGCGCAGGCUGUUGCCAGGCGAGCGCUAAGGAAGGAGGCUGCAUCAUGGCCGCCGCCACAGGCGACCCGUUUCCGCGGGUGUUCAACAGCUGUAACCAGAAGGAGCUGAGGAGCUACCUGAGCUCCGGCGGUGGCAAGUGUCUCUUCAACCUGCCCAACACCAGGGUCAUGUACGGAGGGGGGCGCUGCGGCAAUGGCUACCUGGAGGAGGGGGAGGAGUGCGACUGUGGAGAGGAAGAGGAAUGCACCAGUCCCUGCUGCAACGCCAACAACUGCACGUUGAAGGCUGGAGCGGAGUGUGCCCACGGCGUCUGCUGCGACGACUGCAAGCUGAAGAGUCCGGGGGUGCUGUGCCGCGCUCCCUCGGGCCCGUGUGACCUGCCCGAGUACUGUGACGGGAAGGCGGAGUCCUGUCCGGCCAACUUCUACCUGGUGGACGGCUCGUCGUGCGCGGGCAGCCAGGGCUACUGCUACACCGGCAUGUGCUUGACGCUGGAGCAGCAGUGCCGCUCGCUGUGGGGCAAAGAUGGCCGUCUGGCCCCCGACCUGUGUUUCACGGAAGUAAACAGAGCCGGCGACAUGUACGGGAACUGUGGCAAAGACUCGCUCGGGAAGUACAGGAGCUGUAAGGAACGGGAUGCGAAAUGUGGGAAAAUCCAGUGUUUGUCGUCGGCCUCCAAGCCCAUGGAAAACAAUGCUGUGCCCAUACCGACCACAGUGACGGUAGGACAGAGGAAGGUGCAGUGCAUGGGCACGCACGUGUACAAGCUCGGCUCGGGAGACGAGGACUUGCAGGGCGACACUUUGGACCCGGGUCUGGUCAUGACCGGCACAAAGUGCGGCGCCGACUCGGUUUGCUUUAAUGGAGAAUGCCGCAAUGCAUCUUUCCUGCGGGCGGACGAGUGCAGUGCCAAGUGCCACGGACACGGGCUGUGUAACAACAACCAUAACUGCCACUGUGAUCCGGGCUGGGCUCCUCCUUCGUGUGACCAGCGGGGGCCGGGCGGGAGCGUCGACAGCGGACCCGUCGCCCGCCACAAGGGUUUUCUUCCCGUCCUGGUCGUCCUCCCGCUCGCCCUCUUCGCCGCGUUAGCCGCCGUCGGACUGUGGUGCUGCUACAGGCACAAGUACCGCCAGCUGAAAGCUCCGGCUCCGCCUCCGGCGCCAACCCACAGUUGUGCCGUCCCCAUGGGGGAGAAGCCUCUGAUGGGUCCCAGCACUGGACACGCCAACCCCACAUUCCUGCUAAAGAAACCGGAGCCGGGCCCCCUGGCGGCGGGCUCUUCUGGCGGGAGCGCACCGUGCUCAACCCUGUCGAGACACGCUAUCGUGCGUCCCACCGUGAAGCCCCCUCCCAUUCCAGCGUACGCCGCGGGGCCUAAAGCCCAGCCUGCAGCUGUUCCUCUGAAACAAUGUGUGCCCCCCGCCUUCGCCGCACUCCCUCCGCCCGCACCCGAGCUGGAGAAGCAAAGACGACACCCGGCUCCUCCGCCCCCCCCGGGACCUCCCCCUGUACCUGCUCUGGAAACGCAAAGCCUCACGCAACCUUCAGGUGGACCCGGGGCCCGGCCAGAGCCCCCAAGGAGGCCCCCCCCACCUUGCCCUGUCGGCAGACUGCCCGCGCAACAACAUCAAGUUGAAGUGGUUCAGGUUUCUACUAAAGCCCUGCCGAGGAGCGGAAAGGCUCCAUCUACUGGACAGAAAAAAACAACGCGCUCCUAAACUAAACCUCAGGGACACGGGGGGGGGUCACCACUUGUAUCCAGCGAUGGAUCGCCUGAAACCUUCUUUUCAACAGUGGCUCAGUUAAACUGUGGGAAAAGAUGAAUACUUGAAAUAUUUGACCUGUUGACAGUUUAUUUAUACUGCUGUACUUUGAGGACAUCCACUGUCUACGGUGAAUUACAGAACAUAUCACAAUGAGUGAAUUAUGAAUAUGUUUACUGAUUUUUGCAAAUGGGCCAUACGUUUCUGCUUUAUCCACUUGAAUCUGAGACCUUUGUGAUCAGCCUGCCUGAUGUUGCAUGUGUAUCAGCAGCACUAUGGAGACGCUUUGAGGGGUGGUGUGAAGGUUUACAGCUCGGCCCAUGUACUAAACAUGUACUAAACAUGAUGCUUCCUAAAGAUGCAGCAUGUUUGUUACAUUAUAUAAUAGAAGAAUUAUGGCAUUUAAACUGGAUUGAUAGGGACUAGUAACACCCACAUGUGUAUAAUGUAUAUGGCAAUGAUGAGACAUGUAUUUUUUACUAUUUUUAUUUAUAUUUGUUUUAUAUUGUUAUAUUGUUGCACUUUCAAGAGUCUUUUUAGUCAAGUACUUGAAGUGGUCAAAAGGGGAUUUUUAAUUAGUUAAUUACAUCAAAUAACUAGUAAUAGUUAAUAAUUGUGAACCUGUUGCCAUGGUUCAGGGCAACAUUUGAAACUAAUUCAUAUAUUAGGAACGAAAAUGAGCCACAGUUUUAUUUACUUUCUAUAAUUGCGCCAUACGUUCAAACUGUUCACUGUUUGAGUUUGCGCCUUGUGCAAAUGCGGAGUUAAGCUUCACUGAGAAGACACCGUUAUGUGACGGUUGGAUGUAACUGCCCUGCGAUGACUUGGUAUCCCCAUACGGUACCGCUGAAAGGACACAGCCUGUCAGCUGCCAUUAGUUACCUUCUAUGCAAACCCAGGCACUGUGCAAUAACAUGUCUCCAACUGGAAUCGAAAUAAAACACAUGUAUAACGUGCA